UGCAUCAUGAGCAGUUCAGACUCGACGGAUCUUGUCAAAUCGGAACAACCCUGUGCUGAAGCGGUCCUUUCCGGGCAUGAGCUCGAAUUCACCCCGGAUGGUCAGUUGGUACGCUGGCGACGAGACAACAAACGUCACCCGCGAAAUUGGCCGUUGCUUCGCCGAGUCUAUGAUAUCUCGAUUAUAUUCUUUCUGGAUCUCUUCCUAACUGCUUCGAGUACGGCCGGGUCUUCGGCCGCCUCAGUAGCCCGUCAUGAAUACCACCUGGGUCAGACUUUGUCGACCUUUUGCUUUGUCACAGUCUUCCUUCUUGGGCAGGUGGUUGGAUCCAUCGUUCUUUCUCCCUGGUCUGAGACUUUUGGCCGCAAGAAGUUGUAUAUUAUCAGCUCCGCACUCAGUUGUAUCUGCUGUGUUAUCGUCGGUGUCGUUCCCCAUAUAGCAGCUGUCAUUGUAGCCCGUAUUGCUGCGGGCUUGCUCUCCGCCAUUCCCUACACCGUGGCCAGCGGCAGCACAGAAGACCUGUUCAAUUCGCGUGAACGGAUUUGGGUCAUUUUCGGUUGGACUGUUGCCUCGAAUUGCGGAUUGAUUAUUGGGCCCAUUAUGGGUACACAUAUCAUUGCUGGAUUGGGCUGGCGUUGGAUUUUUUACAUCUUUGCCAUCAUGAUCGCCGCCCUUACUGGCCUCCUCUGCCUCAUUCGAGAAUCUCGACCCUCAUAUCUCCUUUCCCACGAAGUUGCAGCCAUCUCCCGUGAAACGGGACUCAAGCUCCAGCCGUUGAACCACGACCACGCUCCGGAUUUCCAGACCUUCGCCAAAGACGCGCUCUUCCGACCUGCUCAGCUCUUUUUCACAGAGCCUGUUGUUUUCGUUGUGGCUCUCAUGACUGCCGUGGCCUUUGGUCUGUUGUAUAUCUUCACUGAGGCCAUUGAGAUCAUUUAUGAGUCUAUGGGGUUCUCCAGCACUCAGGCUUCGUUAGCAUUCCUUGCUAUUGCCGUGGGUGUCUGCGUCAGUACUCUCACUCGGUGGCUAGACGAGUAUAUCUUUGAGAUGCGACACCGUCAGGGCCGGCCCGUCAAGCCCGAGGACAAGCUGGUCGGUCUGGCUCUUGGGGCGGCCGCUUUUGCUGGUGGGCUCUGGUGGCUGGCCUGGACCAUCCCGCCGAAGGUGCACAAUGUUCACUGGAUUGUCCCCACGAUUGCUCUGGCGUUUAUUGGAUACGCCCUCAAUGAGUUCGACACAGUUCUGCAGGGCUACUUGGCGGAUAGCUACCUGAGUUACUCGGCCAGUGGAACAGCUGCAGUACAGUUCCUACGGGCGUUGCUUUCAGGCGUGUUCCCCCUGUUCACGCCCCAGAUGUUUCAUAACCUGGGGUCCAACAUUGCUGUUUCCAUUCUUGCCAUCGUGGCCACUUUGUUCUGCGCUGUCCCUCCGCUGUUCAUAUUUUACGGCGAAAAAAUCCGGGCGCGCAGCAAGUUUGCACGAUAUAGUCUCGUCGUCGAGGCUGAGCUUGGAAAGGAUGCGGGUGAACUAUGA